UCCGCUACUGCGUGUAAAAAAAAGUUGAGGGGAAUCUCGGAGAAGUUUUCCUCUGCAGGAACUUUUUGUGCUACGUAACACUUACACUUUCGUACGUUAAUGUGCAGUUUUAAAAGCCGAAUUCGCAUUUAGUUAUCGAGGCAAGUCUUGUUUCAACGCUGAGCAUGUCGACGAUCGCCUUGUACAAUGACCAAGGAGGAGCGGAGGCUGCGGUGGAAGCGGGGCAGGAGAACUCCUCCAGUACCGGCGGAGCUGCCUUUGGACUCUUCAGCUCUGACUUUAAAAAGAAUGAAGACCUUAAAGAGAUGUUGGAGAGCAACAAGGAGUCGCUCAAACUGGAGGCCAUGAAAAGGGUUGUUGGGCUAAUUUCCAAAGGGAAAAAUGCAUCGGAGCUGUUCCCUGCUGUUGUGAAGAAUGUCGCGAGUAAGAACAUCGAGCUUAAGAAGCUUGUGUAUGUGUACCUGGUGAGGUAUGCAGAGGAGCAGCAGGACCUGGCUCUGCUCUCCAUCAGCACCUUCCAGCGGGCCCUCAAGGACCCAAACCAGUUCAUCCGGGGCAGUGCGCUGAGAGUUCUGUCCAGUAUCCGGGUCCCCAUUAUUGUCCCCAUCAUGAUGCUGGCCAUCAAAGAGGCGUCAGCUGACCUGUCCCCGUACGUCAGGAAGACAUCGGCCCACGCUAUCCAGAAACUCUACAGCCUGGAUCCAGAGCAGAAGGAGCAGCUGAUCGAAGUGAUAGAGAAACUAUUGAAAGACAAAAGCACACUGGUGGCCGGCAGUGUGGUGAUGGCUUUUGAGGAGGUGUGUCCGGAUCGCAUUGACCUGAUCCAUAAGAACUACAGGAAGCUGUGUAACCUGUUGGUGGAUGUGGAGGAGUGGGGCCAGGUGGUCAUCAUCUCCAUGCUGACGCGCUACGCCAGGACGCAGUUCACCAGUCCCUGGAAGGAGGGUGCCACAUUUGAUGAGAACAAUGAUAAGGAGUUCUAUGACUCUGAUUCUGAGGAGAAAAAAGACACGACGGAGGCCAAGCCUUACAUCAUGGAUCCAGAUCACAGACUGCUGCUGAGGAACACCAAACCUCUGCUGCAGAGCAGGAACACUGCUGUGGUGAUGUGUGUCGCUCAGCUCUAUUGGCAUUUGGCCCCUACGCAGGAAGUCAACAUUGUCACCAAGUCACUGGUUCGACUGCUAAGAAGCCACAGAGAGGUGCAGUACAUUGUGCUUCAGAAUAUAGCCACUAUGUCCAUUCAGAGGAAGGGGUUGUUUGAGCCCUACAUGAAGAGUUUCUAUGUCAGAUCCACGGAUGCAACACACAUCAAAACGCUGAAGUUGGAGAUCCUGACCAACCUGGCCAAUGAAGCCAACAUCUCCACCAUUCUGAGGGAAUUUCAGACCUAUGUGAAGAGCCAGGACAAAGCGUUCGCCGCGGCCACCAUCCAGGCCAUCGGCAGGUGUGCCACCAACAUCAGCGACGUGACAGACACGUGUCUCAGCGGUCUGGUGCUGCUGCUGUCCAACAGAGACGAGACUGUGGUGGCUGAGAGUGUGGUGGUGAUCAAGAAGUUGCUUCAGACUCAGCCCACCCAGCACAGCGAGAUCAUCAAACACAUGGCCAAGCUCUUCGACAACAUCACUGUCUCCAUGGCUCGUGCCAGCAUCCUGUGGCUGAUGGGAGAGUACUGUGACAGGGUGCCAAAAAUUGCACCCGAUGUCCUUCGUAAGAUGGCAAAGACUUUCACAGCAGAGGAGGACAUUGUCAAGCUGCAGACGGUCAACCUAGCAGCCAAACUCUACCUGACCAACUCCAAGCAGACUAAGCUGCUGACCCAGUACAUCCUGAACCUCGGCAAAUAUGACCAGAGCUACGAUAUCAGAGACCGAACACGCUUCAUAAGACAGCUGAUAGUGCCCAACGAGAAGAGCGGCGCCCUCAACAAGUACGCCCGACGCAUCCUACUGGCCCCCAAACCAGCCCCUGUCCUCGAGUCUUCCUUCAAAGAUCGAGACCGUUUCCAGCUGGGCACUCUCUCCCACAGCCUCAACACUAAAGCUGCAGGAUACCAGGAGCUCUCUGAUUGGCCAGCUGUUGCUCCUGAUCAGUCUGUGAGGAACGUGGAGGUCAUUGAGCCAGUGCAAGAGUGGGCACCAUCGGUUGGGAAAACCAAGAAAUCAGGAAAACCCAAAUCUGCUGACAAGUUCUACUCGGACGAUGAAGAGGAGAAGGAAGAGGAAGGAUCUGAGAGCAGUAAAGACAGCAGCAGCAGCAGCAGUGAAGAGUCCGGCAGUGAGAGUGAGGAGGAAAGCAGUGAAGAGUCAGAGAAGACCUCCAGUGAUUCUGGAAAGAGUUCCAGUGGAUCUGAGAAAAGCUCCAGUGAAUCUGAAUCUGAACCAAAGAAGAAGAAAAAGACCAAGAAGGCACCACAAAAGAAGAGCAAGCCACCUGCUGCUUUCAGUGACUCAGAUGAAAAUGGAAAUGGUCCUGUAGCUCAGGCCAGCAGCUCGUCAGCUGAAAGCUCCUCCGGAUCAGAGACAGACUCCGAGGACUCAGACCCCCCCGCUACACCACAGAAGAAGAAGAAGAACGACGUUAAGUCCAAACCUAAGGCGGAAGUGAAGUCCAAGGUGGAAGUCUCCUUACUGGAUCUAGUUGAUUUUUCUCCUGCUCCCACAAAUGCACCAAAGUCUUCGGCCAUCUCCUCCAGCCUGCUCUCGGACCUUGAGGGCCUUUCCCUCUCCAACAUCUCCUCCACCAUGCAGGUCACCACUCCAUCUUUCGGCCCUGUGAAAACCUACGAGCUGCUUCACCAUAUGACUGGAAAAGGCCUGUCAGCCAAGUACCAUUUUCCCAGGCAGCCCUGUUUGUACGAGCCCAGUAUGGUGGCUGUUCAGGUCAUACUGACCAACAGCUCAGACCACAGCCUGGAGGAGAUCCACAUAGGAGAGCGCAGCCCAGCGGGUCUGAACAUCCACUGCUUCAACACCAUCGAGCGGCUGGAGCCAGAGGCCUCGGUGACGGUUUCCAUGGGUAUUGACUUCAGCGACUCGACACAAGCAGCAAACUUCCAGUUGUGCACCAAGGAGGCCCAGUUCAGUGUGUCCAUACAGCCGGCUGUGGGAGAGCUGUUGAUGCCCAGCAGCAUGACGGAGCAGGACUACAGCAAGGAGCAAGGUAAGCUCCUGGGCAUGAAUGAGACCUCGGCAACCAUCACCAUGGCAACAGCAAACACCUCGAGAGUGGCGAUUAGCAAGCAGGUCCUGUCGGUGUGCAACAUGGGAGAGGUGCCAUCCAGCCAGAACAACGUCCACAGGUUUGCGGGGCGGACAGUCAGCAGUGGAGCUCUGGUGCUGGUGUGUUUGGAGCUGAAGGAGUCCUCCACCGCUCUGCUGACCAUCAACACAGAGAAGAGCGUCAUGGCAUCCAUGUUGCUCCGAGACCUCAAACAACCCCUCGUCCAGGCGUAGACUCUCCCUCCUCCCUUUAGUGAAGGUACAGGGGAACCACACCUCAUAAAAGAUUCAAUACAUUCUAUUUCUCUGGUUUAGGACAGUCUAGGCAGAUAUUGCAAACCCUUUUAUCUGAAAUACAGAAAAGA